AUGCAUGAGAUCUGUAAGAAAUGCUCCAGGUUUGGGCACCAAUGCCAAGAAACGGAAACUCAAGUCUCUGAACCCUUGGCAGUCGAAACGCAAACUGUAGGGCAGGUUGAAGAAAUCUUGGCUGAGGUACCGCUGACUGGUGAUUCCGCUACCGUGAUUGGGAAUUCUCAAGUGGAUCCUGUCUUGCAGGACGAGUCAAGGCCAUCUGCUGGCAUAGAGGAGAAAUUCCUUCAACAGGCUGUAGCUAACCUGGUCACUUCUCUGCAGUGA